AUGGCAAAUGUGUUACUGUUGCAAUCGCCUCCACCGAAAUUAGAAGAUGUUCAAAAGAAAAUUUUUGACGAAGGCGCAAAAGCAUUUUUAGGUAAACUUCAUCAGCAGUUUGAUAAAGACGUAGAUGAACUCUUUAAAACAAGGUUACAGCGAAUGGUUGAAUUAAGUACGAAAAAAGUUUUAAGUUUCAAAGCUUCUCCUGAGAGGAUAGAUAGAUUGUGGAAAAUUGCGUCUUUAUCUUCGAGGCUGCAGAAUCGCCAUUUGGACUUAGGGGAUGUAUCUGCUUCAAAUACUGCUCAUUUUGUAAGUGCUUUGAAUGCUGAUGUUCAAGGGAUCCAAGUGGAUUUUGAUGACGGUCAUUGUCCAACAUGGAAAAACCAGCUGAUGGCUUAUCACAAUAUAUUAUCAGUGGUCAGUGGGAAAUUGCCUGGUGCACCAUUCAGUAUAACAACAUGCCCCAUUCUUAUGUUGAGACCUCGAGCUUGGAAUAUGAUAGACCAUGAUAUUUUGAUAGAUGGAAAGGAAGCAAUUGGACCUCUUGUAGAUUUUGGAAUCCUUAUCUAUCACACUGCAAAAAAACUAUAUGAAGCCAAUAGUGGGCCAUACUUCUAUUUGUCUAAAGUAGAAGGUGCAUCAGAAGCUAAAUUAUGGAAUGAUAUAUUUGUAUGGGCACAGAAUGAACUGCAUAUACCACAGGGGACCAUAAAAGCGUGUGUUUUGAUUGAAAAUAUUGUAUCAACAUUUGAGAUGGAUGAGAUAUUGUUUGCUUUACGAGAACAUUCUCUGGGACUUAAUUGUGGUAUAUGGGAUUACUGUGCAUCCAUCAUUGCUAAAUUUGGUACAAAAAAACCAUUUCUACUGCCAGAUAGGAAUAAAUAUGUGAAUAUGGAUAGACGUUUCCUCAAGAGUUAUAUGCAGCUGGUAGUAAACACUUGUCACUUACGUGGGGCACCGGCUACUGGAGGAAUGGCUGCUGCCAUGCUCAAACCAGGAUCGAUCGGUACUGAGAAUUCAUCGAAAUCAAUAAUAAACAAUGUAUUGGAAGCAAAAUUGAAGGAAAUAGAAAUGGGCGUGGAUGGAUUCAUGGUGUACGAUUCGCGUAUAGUGCCGCAUGUUAAUGAGCUUUGGAAGAAAAGCAGCACGACACCUAAUCAAAUUCACCGUAUUUUUGACGUUACCGUCACACCUGAUGAUUUACUGGCAAUACCCGCUGGUGGAGUGACAUUGCAAGGUCUUAAACACAACGUGGCCGUGUCCAUUCUCUUCAUAUACCAAUGGCUGGCUGGGGUUGGCCAUUUCUUUUAUAGUGGAAAUGUGGAAGAUUCAGCCACAGCUGAGAUUUCUAGGUACCAGAUUUGGCAGUGGAUAAGGUUUGGGGUACCGUUAGAAGACGACCCAGCACGCCAAGUGACGGCAAAAUUAGUUGAAAAAACUGCAGCUAAUUUCGCUGCUCACGCGCAUAAGAACCUUUGUCGUUCGAACGCUGAGCGCAAACGGCUUACGGCUGCCAGAUAUAUGAGUAUGGAAAUAUUCCUCUCCAGGAAUCCGCCAGAAUUUAUCACCAGCUAUUUGAAUGAUAAUCACAAGUUUAGAACUCUACAUAACAAGAGUUUGUUGAGUAAUUUGUAG